GUUCACAGGUACAGAAGAAUGGCUCUUCGCGAGACUCUGACAAACUCACGGCUCUCCGCGAGGGCACGGACUGAGGACGGAGGACAGUCUCUCUAAGCAGCGCUUCAGUGGAUGUUGUAACUUCGGCAUGUCACUCAAAUGGGAUAUAUGAUUUUGUGCCCCAUUUCGUUUUUUUAAAAACACCCCUCUCGUCUUUUGAUUUUUGCCUUGCGUUUUGAACAUCUCGCUUACCCACUUCCCUCCCGAUACCAUCCCUCCCCUGUCCAUCGCACCCAGACCUCUCUCAUUCCGCAUCUGCACCCUCUCGCUUCGGGCGGAUCUUCGCUCUGGUCAUCCAGAAACAACUGCUUCAUGGGGCACACUCCUUCCGUCGGAAAAUGUCCCUCUCUUGGCUUCUAAGCGCACCGGCAAAGUUGACAACAUUAAGACCAGGGCUGGCGUUGCGCGUCUGUGAGCAGUGUCGGGGGAACUGAGAUGGGUGUCACGGUGACGGCGGCCCUACAUGAGCCCCGAAGUCCGCACCAGUGGAGCCGGAUAGUGGGUCACUGGGUAUGGAUUGCAGUCUUGUCCUUUCUCGCCACUUUCCCGGUGCAACAACUUGGCGCUUUCCCGUCCUCUCUCAGCGACUGUCAGACUCCAACUGGAUGGAAUUGCUCGGGGGAUGAUGACCGGGACACAGAUCUCUUCCUUUGUGACACCAACACUUGCAAGUUUGACGGCGAGUGUCUCAGAAUUGGGGACAUAAUAACAUGUAUAUGCAACUUCAAG